UGACGUCUCUUAUAAUGAGACAAAUAUUCCAGUGAAUUUUAUUAGUUAUUAUUUAAAUAUUUGUUAUAAUGAAGCUUUUACUGAUAUCAGUGAUCUGCUUGUGGCUGCUAUGUGCUGUGAAAGCAAAGUGCUUAUUUCGGGGCACUUGUGCUGUUGUAAAUGGACAUCCAAAACCAUGCCCCGUCAAUGAAGAUCCAACGCCGAUAUUUGAAAAUUUGUCAGAAGAUGAGUAUGAAGAAAUAUUUGGGCAUGUAUAUCGUAGAUGUCCUCAUUUAUUAUUUGAUGAAAAUGGAGAAAGAAUACCUGAUAGUAAUAUUCUAACAUGUUGCGACCCAGACCAAAUUAUAUCAUUUUCUGAAACUUUAAAUAUGGCCGACGGGGUUCUAGGACGCUGCCCAGUUUGUAUAAGAAACUUCGCUCGACAGAUUUGUGAGAUGAAUUGCUCACCUGAACAAAGCCGUUUCACAAAUGUAACUAUAGACGAAACUCCGGAUGGAACAAACUACGUUAAUGAAAUCAAUUACAGGCUAACUAAUAAUUUUAUGGACUCUGCUUUUAAGUCUUGUUCUGAAGUUAAAGUGCCCCAAACUGGAUUACCCGCCGUUAAUUUGAUGUGUGGCAAUGCGGCAGUUUGUGACGCGGAUGCAUGGUUUGGAUUUACAGGGGACAUGUCUAAUAAUCCUAUUGCGCCAGUGCAGGUUAAUUUUAUUCGGUCAAACACUGAAGAGGAUUCAAUGAAUCCACCGUCUAAUUUAUGUCAUGAAACGUUUGAGAACGAUAUACCAUGCAGUUGUCUCGAUUGCUCAGAAAAUUGUCCAUUUAGUGAAGUUCCUGUCGUUCCUCCUAUAUGUACAGUGCUAUCAGUAAAUUGUUAUGGAUUUUCUGUUGGAAUAGUUUUCUUUGUCUUAAGUGUUACAUUGUUCAUAAUUAUUGCAUUAUUUGAAUACAGACGCCAAAGAAGUCCUCCACAAGUUAGUAAUCAAGAGACAACAGACAAUACCAACAAGAUUACUAAAUUGUUUCAAUGUGUUUUUGAAAAGAUUGGAAUAUUUAGUGCUAGUAAUCCUAUUUUAAUGAUUAUGUUAACUACUUGGGUUAUUUUUGCAAUGUCAUUUGGAGCAUUAAAUGUUAAUUUGACAUCAAACCCGUUGGAGUUGUGGUCAUCCCCAGAUUCGAGGUCACGUCAAGAAUUGAACUACUUUAAUUCUAGAUUUGAACCGUUUUAUCGGGCUGCUCAGAUUUUUUUGACAAUGAAAGGAUUGGAUUCUUUUAAUGUUGACAACAUUACAUAUGGUCCUGCUUUUAGAAUAGAAGCCUUUCAUGAAUUAAUAAAGCUGGAAGAUGCAAUAAUAAAUAUUAAUCAGGAGGGCGAUUCAGUUAAAUUACAAGAUGUCUGUUUUGCACCUCUUCGACUUCCUGACAGCGAGAAAAAAUUGGAUCAGUGCGUAAUAAUGUCCGCUUCUGCUUACCUUCCAAAUAGAAACGAUAUAGAUAACAGCACAUAUUUAGGUAGCAUACAAAACUGUCUGAACAAUUACUUAUCUUUAACAUGUCAACAAUCAUGGGGUGGAGGCUCCGAUCCUGAAAUAACAUUUGGAGGAUACGAAGGUGACAAUAUUUUGGGUGCUGAUACACUUCUCAUUAAUUUUCCAAUAACAAAUUAUUUAAACGAUGAUGAUCUGGUACCAGUUUUGGAAUGGGAACAAAAAUUCAUCGACUUGAUGCAUGAUUACCAACAAAAUUGGAAGGCAGAUUUUGUUGAUGUUUCAUUUGGGUCAGAAAGAUCUAUCCAAGAUGAAUUGGAAAGAGUAUCUAGAGCAGAAGUGUUUCCUAUAGCAAUAAGUUACUUGUUAAUGUUUGUAUAUGUAAUCCUUGCUCUGGGUCAUAUAAGGAAACUCAAAACAUUUUUUGUUGAUAGUAAAAUAAUGGUUGCAUUGGGUAGUAUUUUUGUUGUGCUCGCAGCUAUUGUUUGCUCAUUAGGAGCCUUAGGUUUUUUAAAUGUUACGGUCACACUUUUAGCAAUUAACGUUAUUCCAUUUUUUGUUUUGUCUAUCGGAAUUGACAACGUUUUUUUGAUGGUAAACUCCAUACGUCAAAUACAAUCUAAUCUAAAGACCGACCUUGAUUUUAAAGAGGGAUGGAGCUUUGAAAAGAAAAAGCAAUAUGUAUUUGGUAAAAUGAUGCGAAUCGAGGGACCCUCAAUGUUUAUAUCAUCUGCUACACAAGUUACGUGUUUUGCAAUUGGCAGCAUAACCAACAUUCCAGCUGUUAAAACUUUUGCCAUAUUCGCUUCAUUUGCGUUAGGGAUUCUUUUCGUAUUUCAAAUAACUACUGUUGUUGCUAUUUUGUCUCUUGACUAUAAAAGGUCUUCUCAAAACCGUUUGGACAUUUUCUGUUGUGUUAGAAAGAAAAUAUUAAGCGAUGAGGAACCUUUGCACGCUGAGGUGCCUUAUGAGAGUGUUAUUGAGAAACUAAUGACACCUUAUUCAAACGCUCUCUUGAACUGGCGUGUUAAAAUCGUUGUAAUGAUAUUAUUCUUUGGCUUUGUGUCAAUUAGUGCAAUAUUAAUACCUCAACUUGAUAUAGGCUUAGAACAAAAUCUGGCUCUACCACCAGAUUCGUAUGUUUAUAAAUACUUAAACGCUGUUAACGAUCUUAUGAAACUUGGUCCCCCUGUAUAUUUUGUUCUUAAAGGUGGAUUGAAUUUUUCCAAUGUUGAGCAUCAAAACGUAGUGUGUGGUGGACAAUUAUGUAGUAACACCUCAUUAACUAUGCAAUUGUUUUUAGCUUCGCAACAUAGUAACGUUACUUACAUAGCGAGAAUGUCUAAUUCAUGGAUAGAUGAUUUUUUCGAUUGGUCUGGAUUAACAGGUGUCUGCUGUAGGUAUAAUAUUACAGAUGGAAGUUUCUGUCCAAGUUUAUCUACUGACCCAAUGUGUCAAUCAUGUAGUGUUCCAAGAAGUGAUUUUGCAAAUGGCCUAAGACCAGCCAGAGAGGCAUUCGAAACAUAUAUACCAUUUUUUUUGCAAGAUACUCCUACAGAAACCUGUAACAAAGGAGGACUCGCUAGUUAUUUUUCUAAUGUGAACUAUAUCCUCGAUUCAGAAGGUCGGGCUAUAGUUGGUGACUCUAAUUUUAUGACAUACCAUAGCACACUAAGUACUUCAAAAGAUUAUAUAACAGCAGUAAAAUAUGGUUAUGAAAUCAGUGAAAACAUCACUACUGCUAUUCAGGCUGCUACAGGCUUAGAUGUUGAAGUAUUUCCUUAUUCAGUUUUUUAUGUAUUUUACGAACAAUAUUUAACUACGUGGAGAGAUACAUUUGUAUCGCUCAGUUUAUGUGUCGUAGGAGCAUUCGUAACUAAUUUAAUUGUAACAGGGUUUAAUUUUGUGACUACCUGUGCUAUGACGUUGACUAUUCUGAUGGUGUUGGUAGACAUGAUGGGAAUAAUGUAUAUUUCGAAUAUACAGUUGAAUGCAGUCUCCUGCAUAAAUCUCGUAGUAUCAAUUGGAAUCACUGUGGAAUUCUGCACCCAUAUAGCAUAUUCCUAUGCCAUAAGUACUCGACCUCCAAAUGACAGAGUUCAAGAUGCAAUAAGAAAAGUUGGUGCGACUAUCAUAACAGGAAUAACAUUUACAAAUAUCCCAAUAGUAGUGUUAGCGUUUUCUUACACAGAAAUCAUUGAAAUAUUCUUUUUUAGAAUGUUGUUAAGCUUGGUUAUAUUAGGUUUCUUGCAUGGAAUGAUUUUCUUCCCCGUAUUACUUAGCUAUCUUAAUAACAUAAUACACAAAGUCUAAAUUGUCGAUGUAAAUUUUACUCCCUUCAUGUUUUAUAUAUAAAGUCUUGCAUUCAAAUUUGUGUGUACAUUUUACUCAGAUUGCGCUGCUUCAAAGUCCUGAAUUCACAUUGUAUAUUGUAUUUACGUUUUCUGUAUUUUUGAGAUUCAAAUGUAAAUAAAAGGGCUUGCUUUAAUUUAUGAUCUGAAACAGUUUAGAUAAGUGUUUAAAAGUUGUAUUCAAAAUUUUUCUUUAUCGCACAAAUUCACGACGUUUGUAUGUAUUUCGAUUAAGUGUUGCAUUAUUUUUUAUUAAUCAUUUCUUCUAUUUAUUUCGGAUAAAUUUUCGUUGCGACUUUGUUUCGUUUCUGUUUAUUUAGAAGCAAUUAUAUUAAUUAAAAUAUCAUUCAGUUCCAUAUUUUUGUACUCUAGUUAAAAAUUCAUCACCAUUUUGUUUUUCUUGUAUAUUACUUACAAGUAAGUAUUGUAUAUAAAUAAGUACAUAAUAUUAAUGUUAGCAAUAAUUAUAAUAAUUAUUAGGCAGACGUUAUUGUUAAGUCUACUAAUAUAUUGUAUUUGUGCUAAUUAAACAAUAAUAUGACCAAUUAUGGUAUUUUCCUAAUUAUUUUUGAUAGCUUUUUAGAUGCUGUGUAAAAGUAGAAUCUUGGUGACUGGUAACACAGGUAUUUUAUUAUCUACUGCAGGUACCAGCGAUCCACAACCCUAACUUUUAAAUGUCCCCAGUUUUUAAUCUUACAUUGUAUGUAAUUUUGGUUGUCGGGGAGAAAUAAAGAUAUUAUUAAAUUUA